CACCCCCCAUCAAUUAUUUUAUUUCUGUAGCUGGUUGUUUCUUCCGAUCUAAAUUAGUCAAACCUGCCUGCCUGCCUGCCUUUCUCUCAUUAUCUUUCACAGCUUACUUAGCUCGAUUUUAUUAAACUUAUGGCAGAUGAAGAACCAGUUGACCAGAAGAAGUACUUUGAAGAUUCAUGCAAGCCCAAGUGUGUUAGGGCUUGGCUCGAGUACCAGGGAUGUGUGAAAAGGGUGGAAGCAGAUGAAACUGGGCACAAGCAUUGCACAGGACAAUAUUUUGACUAUUGGCAAUGUGUUGACAAAUGUGUCGCACCUAAGCUAUUUGAGAAACUGAAGUAAUGAAGAAAACUCUGAUGAUUGUGAAGACGAUAUUGGCAAUGUGAUGACUGUGGCCGAGUUGAAGUGAUUGUUUUAACGUACUAUUGUCUCAAAAGUCUGAAUGAAUGUUGUAUUGUCGAAGAUACUCCCUUGUUUAUCUGUCUUCUCUAAAUUUGGUUUUCUUAUGAUAAGAUGUUCUAUCAAAA